AUGUUUUUAUUGUCUUUCUUAUUUAUUGCCAUUAAUGAGAACCAUUAUUUUCGCGGUAAUUGGUCAGCAAACUUAACCAUAUUACAGAACAUAUCUCGUGUCCAAAGAUCCCAAUUUCACAUCGAAAUCCAAGAUCCAAAACCUUUCAAAAAUCUAUAUUCCGUAGAUGCUGUCGCUGCAUUUACAAAUACUACACUUAUUAGAUUUCCAAAGUACCGUAUGAACUUCUAUGGCUUGUUUGAUAAAGAAAAUUCAAUGUAUUUUUUGGCAGCAUUCCCAUAUGUCAAAAAUAUAUCAGCUGAAAUGAUUUAUGAUAUGGUAAACAAAUCAUCAUACUUCAACACAUCCCGAUUCCUUCAAAAUCCAAAGAAAAUUUACACAAAUCUUGUCCAUAGAUACGAAAGAAAUGCCAAUACUACACCUAUUGUUGCAUUAUCUUUCACAGUGACCAAGAAUGACCUACUAAAUAACACUUUUGACCUUCCGUACUUCAUGGAUGGAGUCGUAAUCUUGCCAAAUCAAUCAGUCGCGUUCACAGGCAAGCUAUUUAACGUUCCAUUUUACAUCCAAGAGGGUAUGAUCUUUGGAGUAAUGACGGCAAUUAUUUUGGUUUUGAAUUAUUUGGCGUGGAACUCAUUAAGAACCAAUUUUGAGUCACAGAGUUCGUUAGAGUUACUAUCAGCUCACACAUUUAUCCUCAAUUUCAGCUUUGAUUUUGCUUACAGUUUGUUCAUUUUUGAAUUCUCCAUGAGCAUUUGGAGAUUCAUUUUCCUUUACGGGUUCCUCUUUUUUGUUACUGUAAUUUUGUUUUUCGCCAUCCAAAUGGUCCAAAUCAGCAGAAUCUGGCGGUCACAGAAUCCAGACACUUAUGAAGGUACAGGUAAUGAUUUCAAGAGUAUAUUCUUUGGUUUCUUCACGGAGAUAUCAUUUACGAUGUCCGCAGCAAGUAUUGCAUUAAGUGCAAUUUUCCAGUUCCCCAAAGUCUCUAUCGCCUACUUAUACUCGUUCUUUAUACCACAAAUAGUCCAUUCCAUCUUCGCACCUUCCCGUAAAAAGAACGAUAACUUAUUUGUUGUCUUAAUUUCUAUUGUUCGUCUAUCCCCGAUAUGGUAUUUCUGUCUUUACAAGAAUAACUUGAUAGAAUACUAUAACCCGAAGAUUGCUUUAUACGAAACUUUGUAUGUUUUCGUUCAAGCUCUUUUUGUUCUAUUACAGAACAAGUUUGGCCCAACAUUUUUCUUGCCAUCAAUCCUCAAACCAAAGAAGUUUGACUACCACGCCGGUGAACUUCCCCCUGAUACUGAAUGCCCCAUUUGUAUGAUGAAAAUCAAGGAAACAGACACUUGGAUGAUGACUCCUUGCAAUCACUGCUUCCAUGAGGAAUGUCUGGCAAGAUAG